AUGCAGGCCCCAGAUGGCAGCGCGGGCGGUGCAGAGGGUGGUGCUGGAGCGCCCACUGGCCCUGGAAGCCCCGGAGAACCUGGAGGCUGGGGCGGCACCGCAGCCGAGGGCACAGUGGCUGGAGGAGCUCCCCAGGUCGAGGGGGCAUCGUUUUCCCCAAGGCAGGGUGAAGAGGCUUCAGCCUUGGCUUUGGCCUCCGGCGAAGCCUCAGGAAACCAACUGUCGGAGUUCACCCUUACGGUGCCUUUCCUGUGUCACAUGGAUGCGGAGGUGGCCCGCCAGUACCUGACCCUGGGUGCCGAACUCUUCCACGGGGCCGUUCAGACGGAGCUCACAGUGACUGGCCGUGACCUGCUGAUCAAAGUAACUGCCGAAGACUCUGCCCUCCUGCAAAUUUCCACUGCCUCUUUGCUCAACCAGCUUUCCAUGGUAGUGCAGACCAUGCAGCACUUUGUGCCCCUCUUUUUUGCUAAGCCUUGGCCUGAAACAAGGGGCUGA